UUUAGGGAUUUACUUCAACGAGAUUAUCCUGAAGUUUAUGAUUAUUUAAAGAAUGCUUUGAAAAUGUUACAACGCCAACAAGUUUUGCUGGCAAAAUUAAAGAACUCUAGUUUGAUGAAUUUAAAGUUUUUGGAUAUUUCAAAAUAGCCAUUUUUUAUAACAAAGUAAAAAUUAUUUAAACCUGUUGGGAACUUGUAUGUAACUUGUAACUAUAUGUAGCUUAAACAUACUAAAUAUUCUAUACAGUCAAUAAUGUUACAAAAAUUGAAGAGACUUUUGGUAAAACAAGAUGCAAAAAAUAAAAAAUAUACCAAAAAGUGAUAUUAGUGUCCAAACUGAAGAUUUUAAAGAGGGAAUAUUUGACACUUUAAAUAACAUUACUGAUUUUCAUGAUAAAGAAACUCAUGUUGAAAAAUUAAUGCCUGAUGUUAAAAUUGAGAUUGUGAAAGAUGAAAUCAUCGAAAAUAAACCAGUGGAAAUAAAGGAAGAAGGAGAAUGUAGUGAAGAUGAAGAAAAAUCUACAGAACAAAAUAAUUUUGGAAUAAAUCGUUUUUUGUUAGAGGAAACAACUGGAAUGUAUUAUGAUCAAGUUACUGGUUAUUAUUAUAAUCUAGAUAAUGGAUUAUUUUAUGAUGGUAACAAAGGAUGUUAUUAUUAUUUUGACAUAAUUGCACAAAAAUAUAGAUUGCAUUCACAAGUUCAUCCUGAUACUGAACAGUCAAAUAUAGCUAAAAAUGAAAGUUGUAAUCACUUAUCUGAAAUUGAUGAUAGUGAUUCUGAUAAUUCAGAAGAUAGUGGUAAUUUAGUUAUUAAAGAAGAAGUAGUAGUAUCAGAAGAGAUAGAACAUAAAACUGACGUUGAAAAUAAUGUGAGUGAAACUAAGUGUGAUGAAACUAAAGAAAUUGUUAAGCCAGAAAUUAAGGUAGAAAAUGUAAAUGAAAAAUCUGAAGAAUGUAUUUCUCCACCUUCAACUUGUGAAAUUUUAGAUAAAAGAUAUUUGAACUUAAUCCAGUACACCAAACUUUUACCUGCACCUAAGAAUAUUGUACAUAAAUUAACACCUGAUGGGAGUAAAGCAAAACAAUAUGCUCAAAUAAGAAAUUGGUAUACACUAAAGCAUCAACUGACUACUAUUGAAGCGGAAAUUGUUCAGUAUGAAAGCUAUAUUUGGGAGCGUAUUGAACAAUAUUUAUGUUUUAAUAAGAGAGAUGACAAAAAUUCUAAUUGGAAAUCAUAUAAAGAAGUAAAGGCACAGCUAUCUGAUACACAGACUAAACUAAUAAAAUCUAAAGUUGUUGGGUGGCCACCAUGUAUUCGUGUUAUAGUUACUGAAUCAAAAUCAUGUAAGCAGUUAAUUGGCCAACUAUUUUUAAUCACAUGUCCUGGCGGUUCAAUUGGUCGUUCAACCAAUAGAGAUAUUGUUAUACCAGAUGAUAAUGUCAGCAAGUUACAUGCCGAAAUAUCAUUUGUUGGUAAUGUUAAUAAAGUUGGCAGGGGACACUAUAUUAUAAAAGACAAAGGAAGUACAAAUGGUACCUAUUUGAAUGGUAAAAAAAUUCCAAGAAGUUCUUCUGGUGAACCAAAACAUUUAACACAUGGCAAUGAACUUGUUGUUGGUGAUACUAAAUUGUUAUGUCAUAUACAUGAUGGAUCUGAAACUUGUAAUUUAUGUGAGCCAGGAAUUCAAGCUAUUAUACUACCGGAAGAGAGCAUUAAAAGUGAUAUUUCUCAAAAACGAAAAUAUGAUGAAGAACUAAAAAGCUUAAAAGAAAAAUAUGGUUUGCUUGGAUGUGAACCACCUGAUGCUGUGUUACCUAAGGGAUAUAAAGACAGAGCUGAAAAAAGAAGAAAAACUGUUGGUUCUCAAAAUGCCAAUGAAAAAACAGAAGUAGCUUGUGUUUCUCAACCUAUACCAACUAAAAAUAAAGGUUUCAAAUUGUUGGAAAAUAUGGGAUGGACACCUGGUAAAUCUUUAGGAGCUAAUAAUUCUGGUAUUAAAGAACCUAUUGGGUUGGAUAUACGAGAUGAAAAAAUGGGUCUAGGAUUCCAAACAAAUGUUGCUCCUCUGGCUCAACCAAAUAUAAACAUUGCUAUUAAACCUUCGAAAAUUAAAUUUAAUUUUGGCAGUAAAACUAAUAUGCCUAUAAAAACAAACCGUAUACAUUUUGCUAAAGAUGCCUCAUCAGACGAAGAAAAAUAAAGUAUACUUUGUUUUACUAAUUUGGAAAUUUCAAUAAAUAAUAUAUUAUGUAUUUAUAAUCUAUAAAUCAAUAUGACUUAAUUCAAAUUUUAAUUACUUGUAAUGUUGUCAUUAGAUUAAAUUGUAGUUAUUAUAAUUACAUUUGUAUACAUCAUAAAAAUGUGUACAAUUAAAUUUUUUUAAAUAAUAAUUUUUAUUAAGAUUAUAUUAAUGAAUAGCUUUUUGACGAUAUCCAACAAUGGAUGUUGUAAA